GGGGGUGUAGGGGGAGGGUUUACAAGAGAGCGCACUUCCGGUGCCCUUUCUCCUGCGAGCACCUGGGCCACGGACCCUCGUGUGAAGGGUGCGGUUUCUAAACUGGAGUGGGGUAGAGGCGGGCCGGCACCCCCUCCUGACCUUUGGUGCUGCCGGCCUCGGGAUCGGACAUGGCCCAGAACUUGAAGGAUUUAGCGGGGCGGCUGCCCUCAGGGCCCCGGGGCAUGGGCACGGCGUUGAAGCUGCUCCUGGGUGCCGGCGCCGUGGCUUACGGGGUCCGCGAGUCCGUGUUUACCGUGGAAGGCGGGCACCGAGCCAUCUUCUUUAAUCGGAUCGGUGGCGUGCAGCAGGACACCAUUCUCGCCGAGGGCCUUCACUUCAGGAUCCCCUGGUUCCAAUAUCCCAUCAUCUAUGACAUUCGGGCCAGACCACGAAAAAUUUCCUCCCCAACAGGCUCCAAAGACCUGCAGAUGGUGAACAUUUCCCUGCGAGUGUUGUCUCGACCCAAUGCCCUGGAGCUUCCCAGCAUGUACCAGCGCCUAGGACUAGACUACGAGGAGCGAGUGUUGCCGUCCAUUGUCAACGAGGUUCUCAAGAGUGUGGUGGCCAAGUUCAACGCCUCACAGCUGAUCACCCAACGGGCCCAGGUGUCCCUGUUGAUCCGAAGGGAGCUGACGGAGAGGGCCAAGGACUUCAGCCUUAUCCUGGAUGACGUAGCCAUCACAGAGCUAAGCUUCAGUCGAGAGUACACAGCUGCUGUAGAAGCCAAACAAGUGGCACAGCAGGAGGCCCAGCGGGCCCAGUUCUUGGUGGAAAAAGCGAAGCAAGAGCAGCGGCAGAAGAUCGUGCAAGCAGAGGGUGAGGCCGAGGCCGCCAAGAUGCUUGGCGAAGCACUGAGCAAGAACCCGGGCUACAUCAAGCUGCGAAAGAUCCGAGCGGCUCAGAACAUCUCCAAGACGAUCGCCACAUCACAGAAUCGUAUCUAUCUCACUGCUGACAACCUUGUGCUGAACCUACAGGAUGAAAGUUUCACCCGGUGAGAGAUGUGACCUACACAAU